GGGAGCGCUUUUAUAACCGGACAGAAUAAACCGAGUCCAUUAAUACUAAACAGAAUGCUUUCACGCGCUACUGUGCACCUAUUAGUUACUAGUGAUGUAUGAACCUUGUGUUGUCAUAGAUAAAAAUGUAUUUUUUUGUCCUACAUUUUCCUUGUCCUCAGGAAGUGCGUCUCUGGUUGGUUUAAUCCACUUCCGGUCUGACUACAAAUACGUAAUGCACAUGGGACGGCAUAGUUAGACGCAGAUAACGUGUGUUUUCACUUUUACAAAUAACUAAUUAAUACGAGAUUAAGAGAACAACUUUGAAAAAGUUUCAGAAAGUCAUCGCUAUGGGCAAGAAGAAGACCGGCGGAGGAGUCGGACUGGGGCGAGCUCUUAUGAAGGACAAACUCCAAGCAAACCGAGGAAUAAAUAAGAGAGGAGACUCAUGGCUUCACACCAGUGAACUUAACGAUGGCUACGACUGGGGGCGGCUGAACCUGCAGUCCGUGACAGAACAGAGUUCCAUGGAUGACUUUUUGGCGACAGCUGAGUUGGCAGGAACAGAGUUUGUUGCAGAGAAACUCAACAUAAAGUUUGUACCAGCGGAAGCACGAGCCGGUCUGUUAACAGCUGAGGAGAAAACCAAACUGAAGAAACUACAUGAAGACAAUCAGCAUUUUCUCAGGAUUCCUCGACGACCUCACUGGGAUGAAACCACCAGCCCAGAAUCACUUCAGCAGACAGAGAAAGACAGCUUCUUAGAGUGGCGACGGGAUCUUGCCAGGUUGGAGGAAGAACAGAAGCUGAUUCUUACUCCGUUUGAGAGGAAUCUGGAGUUCUGGAGACAACUGUGGAGAGUGAUCGAGAGGAGUGAUGUUGUGGUUCAGAUCGUUGAUGCCAGGAACCCUCUGCUGUUCCGAUGUCCUGAUUUGGAGUCGUAUGUAACGGAAGUGUCAAAGGAUAAAGUCAACAUGCUUUUGGUAAACAAGGCAGACUUGUUAACCAGGGAGCAGAGGCAAAUGUGGGCCAAACAUUUUGAAAAAGAGGGACUGAGGGCAGUUUUCUGGUCGGCCCUGGCUGAGAGCAACAGACUGGAGGCAGAAGAAAAGGGCGUGGAGGUGGAGAAUCCAGAAGGUGGCGCCAGUGACACAGAAGAGAAAGGGCCAGUGAAUGACGAUGAAGGCAGUGGCACCGAUGAGGAGGAGCCUGAAAUGAUAAGUGUCGAUGAAGAGGAGUGGUUUACCUGCUCCGAAAAUGAGGAUGAUGAAGAGGGAGGAAGGCCUGAUGGUUCCUUUCACAACUCCAGCCGUCUGCUGCGUAAAGAUGAGCUUCUGGAAAUGUUUAAAGCUGUUCACAACGGACCCACGUGUAAAGAAGGACAACUCACAGUGGGCCUGGUGGGGUAUCCUAAUGUGGGCAAGAGUUCCACCAUCAACACUAUUCUAAGAAACAAGAAAGUCUCCGUUUCAGCCACUCCCGGUCACACCAAACACUUCCAGACCCUGUAUGUGGAGCCGGGCCUGUGCCUCUGUGACUGCCCCGGUCUGGUCAUGCCCUCCUUUGUCUCCACCAAGGCUGAGAUGAUCUGCUGUGGAAUUCUGCCCAUUGAUCAAAUGAGAGACCACGUUCCUGCAGUUUCGCUCGUGUGUCAGACGAUCCCCCGACACGUGUUUGAAGGCACCUACGGCAUUAUCAUAAUUCGACCGAGGGAGGACGAGGACCCCGACAGGCCCCCCACCUCUGAGGAGCUCCUCAUGGCUUAUGGAUACAUGAGAGGCUUUAUGACGUCACACGGUCAGCCUGACCAGUCCAGAUCAGCACGCUACAUCCUGAAGGAUUACGUCAACGGUAAGCUCCUGUACUGCACCCCUCCUCCACACAUCCACCCUGAAGACUUCCAGCCGCAGCACAGACGCUUCCAGAAGAGAGGCCUGGAGGACUGCAGCCUCUCCACAGUGACACAGAAACAACUGAAGAUAAAAAGAAUUGAAAACACAGUUGACACUCAUUUCUUCCAUCAGGAGAACGUCCGAGCGUUGUCCAGGGGGGUUCAGUCUGUCAUGGGUUAUAAACCAGGCAGUGGACCAGUUGGAGCAGCGACCCCUGUGGCAGAGAUGGGGAAGCCGUGGAAGAAGCACGGGAACAGGAACAAGAAGGAGAAAGUCCGCCGUGUCAACAAACACCUGGAUGCCUGAAAGUGUUUCUCCUCUCAGUGUAAAAUCUUCACCUUCUAACUGUAAAAUAAUUAAACUUUACAUUGAUUUAAUUGGAAUAGAA